CCCCAGAGUUGCAGACCAAGUAGCCAGCCUGGCCUGUCCCAGAGCCAUGGCAAAGAACAGACUUGUCCUUUGUAUCCUGGUGGUCAGCUUACUCCUGGACCAGACCGACGGCUACCCAUCUCGAAUGAAAGCCAGGAAACACAGCAAACGCCGCGUGAAAGAAAAGGAUGGCGACCUGAAGUCUCAAGUUGAAAAGCUGUGGCGGGAAGUCAAUGCCUUGAAGGAGAUGCAAGCUCUGCAGACAGUCUGUCUCCGAGGCACCAAAGUUCAUAAGAAAUGCUACCUUGCUUCAGAAGGCCUCAAGCAUUACCACGAAGCCAACGAAGACUGCAUUUCCAAGGGAGGGACCCUGGUUGUCCCCAGGAAUUCCGACGAAAUCAAUGCCCUUCGAGACUAUGGUAAGAGGAGUCUGCCAGGUGUCAAUGACUUUUGGCUAGGCAUAAAUGAUAUGGUCACAGAAGGCAAGUUCCUCGAUGUCCACGGAUUCGCUGUCUCCUUCCUCAACUGGGACCGUGCCCAGCCAAGUGGUGGCAAGCGGGAAAACUGUGUCCUGUUCUCCCAGUCAGCUCAGGGGAAAUGGAGCGAUGAGGCCUGUCGCAGUAGCAAGCGAUACAUAUGUGAGUUUAUCAUCCCAUAAGAAGCGCCUCCUCAGUAUCCUCCCAAGUCAGACUGGUUAGUCAUGAUAAAUAAGCUCGUAGGCCCCCUCAGUAAACUCAGAUUACAUUUAUUCAUUGCAGCAUCGCAAUGCCAGGAUUGGUAGUCAUAGGUAUGCAGAGACAGACCAUGUUUCUACCGUAGCUCCUUGUAAUAUUACUCUUCGCAUGACAAAGGGGAUCAGAAAAUAAUGACGCAGACAUGGUAAGAAAGGGACUUCCGAUAAUGGGCAGUCAAAUUAUCUCCCACUCUUCUUGUUCCUCUCAUGUGAAUAGACCUGACCUACUUAAAAAAAAAUCACCUGAUUCUUCAAGACAGAAAAGCUUGGAAUAUUUCUCUUUAAAAUUUAGUCAUGAUAGGAAUAUAAUUUUGAGAAAUGUGUCAUUGGUUGAUUUUCUGGAUAUGUGAAUAUUAUAGUAUACCCUACAUGGAUGAACCCUGAUGUUGUAGGGGCAAAACUCUAGGUGGCCUCUAGAUGCCCUAAAGACAUGUAGUAGACACACGCUGCAUGAAGCUUCAGCUGGCAAAACAUGGCAGGCCUUCAUAGUAUAGUUGUCGCAGUACAUAAUAAAACAACAGUUGGAAACACAGCCGAGUAAACUCUCUUUCCAUCCCUUUAAUAAGACAGCUGACACAGACAUGUGUGAAACAAGUGAGGUGUGUUUAGCUUGUAAUUUUAUUGGCGUGAGGUCGGGUUAAGCUGCCUCAGUGAAUUGGCCAAUGGCGAGGGUGGCAGGUCACGGCAAGAACAAGUUGUCACAUCUCUCUGCAGAGCAAUCCUAGGAUGAGCAUGGUCUCCUUUCAAAGUGGUGUCUCCAAAUCAUCCAAGCACAUCCUAGAUGGCUCCACCUGCUUAAGGCACACAGUGCUUUUCAAAUUUGCCACACCAGGGUCCUUGAUGGGGACAGAAGCAAUCAAACUACCUUCAGCCAUAGUGUCUGAUAAACAUAUAAACCAACAACACAAUGUCGCUUGUUGUUGCUGUCAAGGAUCGUGAGCUGUGCUUAAUCACUGCGUUCAACUUUAGGACUUGUGGUGUGCUAAGUUUGUAUUUAGCACUGCCACCAAGAACAUGCAUAAAAUUUGCUAUAGGAGGACCCCAACAAUGUCUCUAGGCAACAGAAAAUUUUCAUCUCCAUUACAGGCUUAUGGGACCACCAUCAAAUAUGCAGUUUGUUAGGGUCAAAAUAUUGUGUAGUGUGUGGAUACAUUUGGUUGACGAGAAUGCCCCAAGUCAGAGAUUCCAGGGUGCUAUACAGUCUGUAAGUUUUCUAGCACAAUGUUUAAUUUCCUCUACCCUCUUAGCCUAUGGUCCUUGCUUUCAGUUGCCGGCCAUAUCCCCUGGUGGGAUGUGGAUCUUCUUUGCCACAUCAGAGCAGGGAUGACUGACAAGAUCCUCAUCUAACUCUUCCAAUUCCCCAACUCUAGCUUUCUUCGAUGUUCCCAGUCGAGACCCCCUCCCCCCACUCCCUGAGUCAGCAUAUAUUUGAUCAUUUCUCCUCUCGGUAUUCUAUAAUAGCUUCUAGCCAGUGAGCAACAUUAAGGCAGGAGAAGAGCAGCAGAUGGUGAGAACAAAGAAACCAGAGAAAAAAGGAAGCAGGGCUUUGGGGGUUGCACUUCAGUUGGUAGGGAGCUUGUCUAGCAGGCAGGAAGACCUGGGUUCACAGGAAUGGGACACUUAAGUUUAUAAUCCUAGCACUGGGGAGGUGGUGGUAAGAAGGUCAGGGGUUCAAGGUCAUGCUCUACCAACUGAACUUAAAGGCCACAUGAGACCCUAUCUAGACAACAAGGACGAAAGAAAAAUGUCUCUUUCCUUCACGCGUGUAUCCUUACAGUCUCCUUUUAUAUAUGAUAGCAAUAGUUUUUACUUUCCUUAAGUGUAUACUUCUUCAAUUAUCAUUAUGUAUUUCAAUCUAUGAAGGGCAAUUUGUCAUUAGAAGCUGAAAGUUGGACUUAAAUAAUACUAUUUGAGAGUAACACACGUGUGCAAUUUUUUAUUCUAACGAUGCUAUUCCCAUUAAAUUGCCUAACUAGAUUUUAUAAAAAUAACUUCAUUGCUUAAACACAGGAGCAUACAUUUAUGGCUUAGGGGAAAUGGGUUUUGUAGAAAUAAACAAUUCUGAAUACAUUCUGUCCUUCAAGUAAAUAUCUUUUCUCUUUUGUGAAUAAUGUCCUGCUCACAAGAGCUAAAUUACAUAUGCCUGGAAUCAAAUUUUAGGUUUGUUUUUUUCAUUGCACAAUAAAGCUCCAAAUCUGAUC